CAAGUCUCCGUCACGCCACGCUUGACGCGCAAGGUUCGUGUGGCUUUGCUGUCAGUCCUGUGAGCAAUCAGAGCAAGAUUUAGACAAAGUUUACUUGGAUAGUUUGUCAACGAUUUUUAGCGCUCUCUCUCUGUCAGAAGUUCAACUCGAAGAGAAUAAACAACAACAGAAGUGUGUUAAUAUCUAUAUGUUAAUAUGAUUGUAUCUCUGAAAGGGCGACGCGUAUUAGCUUAGCUAGCUAGCAGCAGGCUACAAUGUAAAAGGCAAAUCGGAUAUUGUGAACCGAAGCAAUGUGAUGGUCAAGCAGAAAAAUACUACUUAAACUAUUCAUUCUCUGGUCAUGCGACCGCUACGUCUAGACGGCCGCUGCUUGGAAAUAGUUGAUAUCUACAGAAAACGAAAGUUGGUCACUCAUCAUUCGUCCUGGGAGCCUUAAACGACACCAAACACAGCAGGAACAGCAGUACUACAUGCUUUAAUAAUCAAAGCAUGCCCACAUGUUCAGGCAUGAGCUGAGUUCAGAGGCAAUUAACACCCCCACUGAAGUACAAGCUCUCUUCACCGAGAAAGUAGUAGAUGCUCAGGGUAGCCAUAAUAGCUGCAUGAUGGAGUGAUGCAAACCUUAGCUGGCAGGCUGACUGAGAGCCAUGGAGGCAGUCGAGCGAGAAGCUUCUACGGGAAAGAGUGGCAGUCUAACGGAGCUGACCGUCGUGCAGAGUGUUGUAGCUUUGGAUGGGCUUACUGAAGAUGAAGGGUCAUCACAGCCUGACCUCAACUUUCCUCACAUUACUGAGGACACAACCUGGUUAAUGGUUCAGGAAGGAGAAUCAACCUCCUCUGAGCUGCAGGAGUUUGGCUCUGCCUCGGGCGAGGAAGCUGAAAGUAAAGAGGCUGGGGACAAUCCAUGUGUUCAGAAUGGGGUGGAAGCUGAAAAGGAUAAACUACAGAACAACAGCAGUGCGGCUGUAACAACCAGCACAUGUCAAGAUCCGCUGCAGAGCUCCACUCUCUCGUUGUCUGAUCAUUUAAAGUUGGGCCGAGAUGAGUCCGAAGGUAUGGGACUAAACAUGGAGUGCAAGAUAUGUGGGGACAAAGCUUCAGGGUUCCACUACGGUGUACAUGCUUGCGAAGGCUGCAAGGGUUUUUUCAGACGCACCAUUCGUAUGAAGCUAGAGUAUGAUCGCUGUGAACGGACUUGUCGGAUCCAAAAGAAGAGUCGCAAUAAAUGCCAGUACUGCCGCUUCCAGAAAUGUCUGGCUCUUGGCAUGUCCCAUGAUGCCAUUCGUUAUGGCCGUAUGCCAGAGGCAGAGAAGAAGAAGCUGGUGGCAGGACUGAUAGCAGGAGAGAAGAGUCAAUUGAGCCCUGGAGCCUCUGAUCUCAAAACUUUGGCAAAGCACGUCAACUCCGCCUACCUUAAAAACCUCAAUAUGACGAAAAAGAAGGCACGAAGCAUCCUCACUGGAAAAACAAACUGCACCCCGCCCUUUGUGAUUCAUGAUAUGGACUCUUUGUGGCAAGCAGAGAAUGGUUUAGUCUGGAACCAGCUGAAUGGUGCUCCCCCAAACAAAGAAAUUGGAGUACAUGUCUUCUACCGCUGCCAGUGCACCACAGUGGAAACUGUUCGAGAGCUCACAGAGUUCGCCAAAAAUAUCCCAGGCUUUGUAGAGCUCUUCCUUAAUGAUCAGGUAACUUUGUUAAAGUAUGGUGUCCAUGAGGCCAUUUUUGCAAUGCUACCAUCACUCAUGAAUAAAGAUGGACUUCUGGUAGCCAAUGGGAAGGGUUUUGUGACGAGAGAGUUUCUGCGCAGCCUGCGCAAACCCUUCAGUGAAAUUAUGGAACCCAAGUUUGAAUUUGCUGUGAAGUUCAAUGCCCUGGAGCUGGACGAUAGUGACCUGGCUCUGUUUGUUGCGGCCAUCAUACUGUGUGGAGACCGCCCUGGACUCAUGAAUGUGAAGCAGGUCGAGCAGAUUCAGGACAGUAUCCUCCAAGCUCUGGACCAGCACCUCCAGGCUCACCAUCCAGAGUCAGUCCACCUCUUCCCCAAACUGCUGCAGAAGAUGGCUGACCUGAGGCAGUUGGUCACAGAGAACGCUCAGCUGGUCCAAAUGAUUAAAAAGACUGAAUCUGAGACCUCGCUCCAUCCGCUUCUACAGGAAAUCUAUAAAGACAUGUAUUAAGUCUUAUGACUUAGGACUUUCAAAUAGAAUUAAGAGACAUGUUGCACACAGGCAUCCAUGGUGCUGCAGAUACCAUUGAAUUUUUAUAUUAGCGGUUAUGGAGUUUUACAAAUACCGUGUUUGAAAACUGACUUUUUUUCUUUGGGGUGGGGCAGGGCUACCCCCACCCCCACCCUUUGAACUAUGUGAAGGUCAACCUCUGUUUCCAGCCUGUGAACAGUGCAUUAAUAUCACCCAGAAUAUAACAGUAUUUUGAUAAGAUAUGUGUUAUAUAGAUAUCCUGUUUCCAGUUGUUUCCAAUUAUUUAGACUUUAAAUGAAAAGAUAAUUGGAAUAGAGUAAUUAUAUCAUUUUACAUAUUUCAUGGCUGCUGCACAUACCUACAUCUUGAUUUCACAGGCUCUUUCUAAUUCUCUUUAUUAAUGAAUUGAUAUAUUGAUUAACAUUUAUUGAUAAAGGCCAGACCUAUCUAACUCAGUCUAAUACUGUAGUAUUAGGAAGUAAUCAGAAAGAUGGGGAAACUGUUUCACUUGGUGAAAUACUCAGGUGUUGAGUAACUGCCUGUCAUUAUUUUUUCCUACAGUUACUUGCUUUACAUUUGCUGUAUGAAUUAAAUAGCAAUGUCAAAUUCACCAUGACCUUGAAGUUCAAGUCGAUCUUGUAUGCAAAUGGAACAUAAACACUUUGCUGAGUUAACUCAUUUCUCCAGUACUAUGUACUGUUUCACAUUUUUGUCAGAAAUUGAUUUAGGUCUACUUUAUGAAACUUUCUUGAUUCAGAUGGUUUCUUAAAUGAAUCGUUUGUACUUUGAAACUAAAUAUUGAUUAUUUCCCCCUCCCCCAUUAGAAGUGCAAAGAAUUGCACAACAAUUCUGCAGUUUCAAACUGACUAUUUGGAAAGACCCAUUACACCCAGACAUUUGUAGAAUAGCAGCAUAUCACUAAUCUAAAAAUCAAUAUUUAGUUUCUGGGCCUGUGUAGGAGAAUUCUGAUGCAGAUGGUGGAAAAAUACAAAGCAGACAAUUCUGAAUUAUAAUUUGUUUUAAAUUGAGAGCUCACAAUGUAAUUCUGUGUUGGAGUAAAGUCAUAUUUAUGUUUAUUCAUGUAUGUAGUUACCCUAACAUACACAUAUAUGAUUUAGUCUUUUAACAAAUCCUAAUCAUGCCAUGUGUCUUAUGUAUUGGUCCAUACUUAGUAUCACGUAAAAUUAUUUAGAACCUUUAGACAUCAGACCUGGUUGUACAUUACAACUGUUUUCAUGUCUGUAGAGUAUUCCAUCUCUCUCUUCCAACCCCCCACCCCCCCAACCCCCAGAUUUUAACUAUGUCCUGUUUGUAGGCAUUUGAGAUUUUACUGUGUGAUAAAAUGAUUACACUUGCUGCUGUAAAAGCUGGAGAGCACAAUAUAAAUGACUUGUAUAAACAAUGAGAUGUUUAUCUGGU